AUGACUUACACAUUCAUCUCAUUCAGCAACUCCGAAGUCAUUGUCUAUUGCAAUGCCAGUGCACAACCUUUGACAAGUGACAACACCGCAGUUUUCACUGCCCUGUUCGGUAAGAAUAGGACAACAAGAGUGGGAACAAUGUACAGAAGAAAAUCAAGCCAAUCUACUGCCCGAGUGCCAUCAAUCUUGGAGAAGAUGUUAUCAAAACUGCCUUGGAAUAAUACAGAUAUAUAUGGUCUUGAACUUGUGAUACAGUUGCCAAUUGUCACAAGUCUAGUUCUUGGUAUGAAAAAUGGAUAUUCUGUGGUAGAGAAGGUAUCAUCUGGGCGGGUAUAA